UUUAGGAAGCGUGGAGGUAGUGUGGCGAACUGAUAUUGUUCGAACGUUAACGAAUUAUUGCUAUUUAGAGAACUUUAACCAGUUUUAAACAAAAGAUGUCUCUAUUAAGAAUAUCGUGGAAGUGUAUGCGCCGAUCUAGUAAGCAUUUUAGUGAUAUUUACAGAAUAAAGACAGUUAAUAGGCCAUGCGCCACAGAAGCUCUAGUUACACCGUCUCCUAGUGACUCUGAAAAACAAUAUCCCGAGAAGCUGAAGAGGAUUACGGAAGAAAUAUCGAAAUUGACCCUUCUGGAGGUCAGCCAACUGAACAGCCUGCUGAAGACGACGCUGAACAUCCCGGAUGCUCCCGUGAUGGCUUUUGGGUCCGCUUCGGCCGCGGCCGCACCGUCGCCAGCUGAAGAAGAUGAUGAGGAAACCACCAAGGAAAGCAAGACUUCCUUUGCCGUCAAGCUGCUCAAGUUCGAGCCGGAAAAGAAGAUUGCACUAAUCAAAGAAGUGAAAAAUCUUAUGGAGGGAAUGAAUUUGGUCCAGGCAAAGAAAUUUGUGGAAGAACUACCCCGGGUGGUCAAGGCGGACGUCUCCAAAGACGAAGCCGAGAGGCUGAAGCAGGCCAUGGAAGCCGUCGGGGGCAUAUGCGAGAUAGACUGAGUCGGUCGGACUUGGAGUCGUAGUUGUAUAGUUGUUCCUUGUAGAUUCGUCCUACAUUUUCUUUUUUUGAGUUUUAAAAUAUUUUAACAAAGGCUGUAUAUUAAUAUUGCAAUGAGAUAAAUAAAUUCCAGGUGCACAUUGUUAAAA